AUGGCUUCAGUCGCUUCUGCCUCCCCAUCCUCCAGGCACAGCUUUCCCAUGGAAUCUGGCGACGACUCGGACUCCUGGCAAUAUGUAGAGUCGAACCCAGCAUCAGUCGGUUUCAUGCCUAGUCCAGCGAGUUCAAGCAUGCAUAGCUGGGGGAUAGUUGGGUACCCUAACCAGAUGCAAGCCUCACCGGUUGCUAUGUCUCCCUUACAGUUGGAUCACGAUCAGGCUCGCGCGGCGCCUCCCACUUCAUAUCCAGACAACGCGGCAGGAACAUCCAUGAUGGCAUCCGCAGGAGUAGACGGCCAAUUGAUGCCAGCUUUUGACGAACAUCAAUUCAUAACCGGCCAAGAAAUGAUAUUUAAUGAGCAGCUGACUGACAUGGACAUGACGCAAUAUUAUUCUACAUUUCAGGGUAGUAUGACAACUGCCGAAUUGUCAGGAUUAGAAGGGUUCGACUUGGCUCCUCAACCAGUCGAUCUGGGCAUCCCACAACAGUUUCGAAACGACAAUAACGUCCCGCCAUGGGCGCCGACGAACUUGAAAAACGAAGACUUCACUUCGGGAGUAGUGGACGAGACGAACAGCUUCACAUCUCAGUCACCCAGACAACGAUCGCCCACUCACAGCUCCCACCACUCGAGCCCGAGAUCUCCGUACGUGAAGUCGGAACCUGGUAAGGGCGCGAGCCCUAUACGAAAAGUUAGGAAUGGUUACAAAGUCGAAAAGAAGAAGUCGGAAUCGUCGAGCAAGUUUGUCAUCAUGACUCCAAACCUCAUCAACCAGCAGUCAGGAAAGCCAAAUCCAUUCGAGUGUUUCGAAGCUAUGCGAACCACCCAGAGGGGCAGAAAAGGACCAUUAGCACACGAUACCAAGGAGAGUGCUCUACAAGUUCGGAGAUUAGGAGCAUGUUUCUGCUGCCACAGCCGCAAAGUCAAAUGCGACAAAGAACGACCAUGCAAAAACUGCAAGAAACUCACCGCGCAGGUGCCUCAGAUAAUGUGCUGGCAGUUCGGCGACUUUCUGCCGGUGUUGUUCCCCGACUUCAUCCGGAGCCACUUCAAGAAAGAUCAGAUGACCAACUUCAUCAGCGAGCACGUCGAGAACUUCAAGCCUAACGGCACGGAACUUACAUGCACUGUUGAGCUGUUCUCGGGUACGCGAUUUGGAUCCACGCUGACGGUCCCCGCCAGCUUCUUCACGCCUAAGUCCGCCGAAAUCCUCCAGCACUGGCACAUGAACAUGGGUAUGAACCAGAUGGACUUGCAGUCUCGCGGCGCUGCCCCUAUCGGUAUCGACCCCGAGAAUUCGUCCCAGAGGGAGGAGCUUAAGAGGAGGGCUCGCGAGUACGUCCAUAACCUUAGCUCGGACCCUAUGUACGCCGAACAGGUCACAGAUGCGAUCCGGUGUACCCAGUUACCCAAGAAGGUCUUGACGAUUGUCCAGCGCUACGCGCAACGCUCUGAAUCCUCUCAAUCGUCUAUGGUCAAACGUGCGCUAUCCAUCUAUGUCAUGCACUACGUGCUCACGCGGCAACUAUGCCUCACACAGCCCACGCUCGAGAGCCUCAAAGGCACCAACAUGGUCCCUCACAGCAACAACAUGUUCCUCACGGCACGCGUCCUCAACCGACAGAUCAAAGCCGUGCUCGACGAGAUGCUCCUGCGCGAGAUGCAGCUACUCUUCGACGGCUUCUCCAAGUCGCUCAAGCCGAAGCUGCGGCGCGAGUGGGGCCCCUGCCUGGCCGCAUUCUUGGUCCUGUGCCUGUUCAUGGAGACGGUGGAGACGGCGGCGGACACGUUCGUUAUCUCGCAGAACGAGAUCGCGAUUCGUAACCGCAGCAAACCCGAAUACAAGCGCGACUUCGCGCUCGCACUGUGCCGUGAGAUCGACAACAUGCCGUUUAAGCAGUUCGCGUACCAGUUCCAUCAGAUCUACCAGACGCACACGCGCGACACCGGGGCCAAGGCGUUCAACCCCCUCGCCGACGGGAACCUAUCACAGAUCGCAGAGCUUGACGACGCGUCGGCGGAGAUGGUCAGGAGCUUGAAGGAGUUGCUGCAGGGCGAUAGCUGGCACGAACUCGACUUCCUCGUCGCGGACCCCAUCCUGCCUAACCAAGAAGGCCACCCGUUCCCACGCGACGUGUCGCUGAACUACACGGGCCGCCUCGUGGCGAGAUUCCUGUUGUCGUUUACCGACGAGAGGUACCUCUUCGACGGACAGUACUAGAUCUGAUUUCCUCUUUUCUUUCUUUUUACUACGAUCUAGGUCCCUUGGGAAUAUGGAAUAUGUUCUGUAUAUAUUAUCUUAGACCUGUAUGAUACGCAACGGGAAACAUAACGACGGGGAUGGUUUGGGAAUCAUUGUGUUUGAAUACCCCCGGGACGAGCUCACGUUGGGAACGGUUUGCAACUAUAUACGAAAGGGGCUUAUGAAGUACUAUCAAGGCGAUAGAGUUGGUACUACCUAUUGUCGAAUCAUGUCGGGUAUUUGAAUUGGAGCACAUCUUGAACGUAUUGCAAUUCUCAUGGGCCUCGUGACUAAACUAUGGCUAUUGUGUUUGAGUGCCAUCAAUUCAGACGAUCAGGUCAUUAAGAACCUAGUUUCCUGAACCGUGGUGCCAUGGAUUUGAUGGCUCAUAGCCACAGGCCUAAUGUCUACUUUUCCAUUGACUAUCAAUUAGAUCGACAUCUAUAUACCUAUAAUUACU